CCAGAACCUUCAGGAAUGAAUGAACACUUACGCCACCGCUAUAUAGUUUACAACUCACAAAUGCGAUCAAACGUUUACUCAGUUGACAGAAUAUUCCAUUUCCUCAAAUUUCUUUCUCGCCGGAGCUUUCUCUCUCCUUAAACCCUAAACCCUAAACCCCAGCAGAAACCGCUUGGAGGAAAACUCAGAAAACAGCUGCUCUGAUCUCAGUCUCUUGUCAAUGGCGACAGCCGUUCUUCUCAGAUCCCUCCGCCGCCGUGAAUUUUCCUCCGCCCCUGUUUCUGCUCUUAAAACCUUCAAUGGAAAUAGCAAGCUACCGUGGGCGUUUAACACCAAAUGGGCUAGUAUUGCGAGGCAGUUCAGCACGAAAUCGUCCGGAAAUGAUGUUAUCGGUAUCGACUUGGGUACUACAAACUCUUGUGUUGCUAUCAUGGAAGGAAAGAACCCGAAAGUUAUCGAGAAUUCCGAGGGUGCCCGUACAACUCCAUCUGUCGUUGCUUUCAACCAAAAAGGGGAGCUGUUGGUCGGUACGCCAGCUAAGCGACAGGCUGUCACAAAUCCAACGAACACAAUCUUCGGAACCAAACGUCUAAUCGGCAGACGCUUCGACGAUCCUCAGACACAAAAGGAAAUGAAAAUGGUUCCGUAUAAAAUUGUUAAAGCUCCGAAUGGUGAUGCGUGGGUUGAAGCAAACGGGCAGCAAUAUUCUCCGAGCCAAGUCGGAGCUUUUGUUCUGACAAAGAUGAAGGAAACUGCAGAGGCCUACCUGGGAAAAUCUGUCAACAAGGCUGUAAUAACUGUUCCUGCUUAUUUCAAUGAUGCUCAGAGACAAGCUACGAAGGAUGCUGGUAGAAUUGCGGGACUCGAUGUGGAGAGAAUUAUUAAUGAACCAACUGCAGCUGCUUUGUCGUACGGUCUGAACAACAAAGAAGGCCUUGUUGCUGUUUUCGAUCUUGGUGGUGGCACUUUCGAUAUUUCUAUUCUCGAGAUAUCGAAUGGUGUCUUUGAGGUGAAAGCCACAAAUGGAGACACAUUCCUAGGUGGAGAAGAUUUCGACAACACUCUAUUGGAAUUCUUAGUAAGCGAAUUCAAAAGAACCGAAGCAAUCGAUCUUUCAAAGGACAAGCUCGCUCUGCAGAGGCUCCGUGAAGCAGCCGAGAAAGCGAAAAUCGAGCUCUCAUCAACUUCUCAAACCGAAAUAAACUUACCCUUUAUAACCGCCGACGCAUCGGGCGCAAAGCAUUUCACUAUAACACUAACCAGAGCCAAAUUCGAGGCCUUGAUGAGUCAACUAAUCGAGAGGACUAAAGCCCCAUGCAAGAGCUGUCUGAAAGAUGCUGGCAUAUCGAUUAAGGAUGUCGAUGAGGUGCUACUUGUGGGAGGUAUGACACGUGUACCAAAGGUUCAAGAAGUGGUUUCGGAAAUUUUCGGGAAAUCGCCGAGUAAAGGUGUGAAUCCGGACGAGGCGGUUGCUAUGGGAGCUGCUAUUCAGGGCGGUAUUUUACGAGGUGAUGUGAAGGAGUUGCUUCUUCUUGACGUGACUCCUCUUUCGCUCGGUAUUGAGACGUUGGGAGGUAUUUUUACGAGAUUGAUCAAUAGGAAUACCACUAUUCCUACCAAGAAGAGUCAGGUAUUCUCUACAGCUGCGGACAAUCAAACCCAAGUGGGGAUAAAAGUAUUACAAGGCGAAAGAGAAAUGGCUUCAGACAACAAGCUCCUAGGAGAGUUCGAUCUCGUAGGCAUUCCCCCUUCUCCGCGGGGCCUACCUCAGAUAGAAGUGACAUUCGAUAUAGACGCAAACGGUAUAGUCACGGUUUCCGCAAAGGACAAAACCACCGGCAAAGAGCAGCAAAUCACUAUCCGUUCAUCCGGCGGUUUAUCGGAAGGUGACAUAGAGAAGAUGGUGAGAGAGGCUGAAAUGCACGCGCAGAAAGAUCAAGAAAGGAAAGCUUUGAUUGAUGUUAGAAAUAAUGCGGAUACGAUUAUAUAUAGUGUUGAGAAGAGCUUGAACGAGUAUAGGGAUAGGGUUCCGAAGGAGGUUGUGGCGGAAAUCGAGACGGCUGUUUCUGAUUUGAGGAAUGCGAUUGGUGGUGAUAGUGUUGAGGGUAUUAAGGCGAAGAUUGAAAGGGUGAAUCAGGCUGUGUCGAAGAUUGGACAGCACAUGUCUGGCGGCGGCGGCGGCGGCGGUGGUGCCGGAGGUUCUCAAGGUGGUGGUGAUCAAGCGCAGGAGGCGGAGUAUGAGGAGGUGAAGAAGUAGAUAAACUAGCUAUACUCUUUCUUUUUGGAAGUAUUUUGUGAAAAAUGUUAUUAGUUUUCGAAAGGACAACUGACAAACUGUAAUAUGUCGUUUGUUUUGCAUGAUUGGGAUGUGUAACGUGUGAAUUUGAUGUCAUAUAACUCAAACUUGUAAGAAGAUUCAUAGAUGA